AAGUGAUUGUGUAGUGAUGAUAUCUUCAGACAUUAUGACUGGGAAGGCUGCCUUCAUGGCUUCUCUACUCUUCCUAUUCGCACUCUUCACCUCAAAUCUUCGCAUCACAGAUGCUCAGAUCGGUGUUUGCUAUGGCAUGAUGGGCAACAAUCUGCCAUCCCCACGCGAAGUUGUGAAUCUUUACAGAGCCAACAACAUCAAGCGAAUGAGACUGUACGAUCCCAACCAAGCAGCUCUUGAAGCUCUCAGAAACUCCGACAUCGAGCUCAUGCUCGGCGUCCCCAACGUCGACCUUCAGAGCCUAGCCAACAACGCCGAUGCCGCCCGCCAAUGGGUUCAACGCAAUGUUCUCAACUACUACCCCUCCGUCAACAUCAAAUACAUCGCCGUCGGCAACGAAGUGAACCCCGUCGGAGAGAACAGAGAGCAUUCGCCGUACGUCCUUUGGGCGAUCCGGAACGUGUACCGAGCCAUAAGGGCGGGACGCCUUCACGACCAAAUCAAGGUCUCAACCGCCAUUAGCAUGAGGCUUGUAGGGACCUCGUACCCUCCGUCGAAGGGUAGCUUCCGGGACGACGUCAGAUCAUACUUGGACCCUAUCAUACGUUAUUUGGUCUCCGCAAACGCACCAUUAUUGGCUAAUAUAUAUCCUUACUUCGCCUAUAUCUAUAGCGAUGGUCGCAUAUCUCAGCAAUAUGCUCUGUUCACUGCUCCAAACGUGGUGGUACAGGACGGUUCGAGGGGGUACCAGAAUCUGUUCGAUGCCAUGUUGGACUCGGUUCAUGCCGCUUUGGAUAACACGAGGAUUGGGUAUGUGAAGGUGGUCGUGGCGGAGAGUGGGUGGCCUUCUGAUGGGGCGUUUGCGGCUACCUACGAUAAUGCGAGGACGUACCUGGACAAUCUGAUUCGACAUGUCAACAGGGGCACUCCGAUGAGGCCUGGACCUACAGAGACAUAUGUUUUUGCAAUGUUCGAUGAGAACCAGAAGAACCCAGAACUGGAGAAACAUUUUGGGCUGUUUUAUCCCAACAUGCAGAAGAAGUACCCCUUUGGCUUUGGGGCGUAAAAGAGCUCUAAAAUUGAUGCACAUAUAAUAUAUAACAUGACGUUUCCUUAAAAGUGAUGGUAGUUAAUGAAUAAGGUUUUGAGUAUUGAUAUAUGACAAAUACUCCUACAUGUGUAAUUUCUUUUCUUUUUUUGGUCAACUACAUGUGUAACUUCGAAUGCGAAUAAAAAUGAAGUGUCUGCAGUUUGAAUGUCUUUAAUAUAUGAAUAUAAUCCACGCAAAAUCCCUUUUUUACACGGCAAGGGCGCCGAUGAUCGAUUGAGUUAGAGAGAUCC